AUGGCUGGUCCACACUCUCGUCUCCCUGCGAAGCGCGGCGCUCCCCUCCCUCGACUGUGGAUAGACCCCAAUUUGUCGAGCCCCGAGCUCCCCACGCCGCCCUCCGCAAGUUCACCAGAGCGCACCAGCCUGGCGACCUCUUCAGAAGAGACUCUCACCCCGGAGUCGGCGGAGGUCUUCUACGUGUUGUGUCUGUAUGACUACAACGCAGAGGAUGGCAGCCAACUGUCCUUCCGCCGAAAUGAUAUCCUGGAGGUCGUGAAGAAGGAGGAAACUGGAUGGUGGGCUGCCGUUCGCCCCGAGGACGACACCGUUGGUUGGAUCCCGAGUGCAUUUGUGGAGCCGAUCUCCGAUGCCCUCGCAGACAAACUGCGGAAUAGUGGCGGCAACGUGCAGAUCUACCAAGAGGACGCAGAUAGGUUCCAGGGCUCCCCCGACUCACAGCUGACCGACCCUUUUGCGGUUGGUCCCGAUGGCGAACAGCGGGGGUACGAGUGGAUGCCGCUGGUCGAUGGCGAGAAGGUCCCUACUAUCAUGCAAUUAGGGUCCGACCCCGCUAUCCAUCCGAGCUUAGCCAACGUCUUGAGCCCCCUCGUACCUCCCCAUGAGGGUAUAGACGGAAACUUUCUGGAGAUAGAGUCCGAACUCUCCCCCACUGAAGUGGCCAUCUCGAGACGUAAGGCACGACCCCGGCCUACGCUAGAGGAGGAUGGUGCCCAGGUUAUCACUGUGUCCACUCCGCCACCCACAGGACAGAGCCCCAUGCCAUCCACCCCUCGCACCCCUUCUCGCCGCCGCAGUCUCUCACUGCCCUCCGGCGAAAUCGUUCCCUCCGAGCAUCAGAGAUCGCGGUCCGAAUCCGCGAAGCCUGCGGUCGUUCGCCACAUGCGCCGCCGCCCUCUGCUGAUAGAUGACCAGUCUUCUCUCAGUCGGCUCACCACACUCUUUGAAGCACACAACGUCGAGGAGCUGGAUUACCUUAUCGCGAGCCCGGUCGUUGCGGAAUCCUUCGAUGCGUUCACACGUACGACGAGGGCGGCGACGUCGCGUCCGGACAAGGUCAAACAAAUCACAGGGGACGACGAGGCCCAGGCUUUCCACGACGCAAAAGUGGUUCACGGGACCUGGUAUCUGCGACCUAUGUACGGCGAAGAUGAACUUCAAUUGCAACCGGACGGAGCCGUAUCCGCUGGUAGCCUGCGCGCCCUCGUUGAACGGCUGACCGUGGACUUUCCAAAGCCUGUCCAGGAGACGAAAUACCGACAAGCGUUCCUGACGACCUACAAAUCCUUUGCUACCGCCGAGGAAGUGUUCGACCUGUUGUUAGCGCAAUUCAACAUCAGCCACCCUACCGCUCUCAACUUGAAGGAGCUGGAGCAGUGGAAAGAGAGGAGGCUAAAGCCCACUCGGCGCCGGGUCCUCGCCGUGCUGCACCUAUGGAUCGAGGAAUAUGGCCUCCUCCAGGACGACGCGUAUCUUGCACGGCGGAUUGUCGACUUUGUGUCGUCGAUCACCAAGCCGCCUCAGCUCGCCAACACCGCUCGCGAGGUGCUCAAGUCGCUGGAGCGCUACAUCUCGAACAUUCCCGCGACACCUGUAUCCGCCACCCGACACAAGAGGAGCAAAGGCUCGAAAGGCGAUCUCCUGAAAAUAGACACGCUGCUGCUCGCCGAGCACCUCUGCAUCCACGAACAGAAGCUAUAUUCACGCAUCCGUGUGUCGGAAUGCCUCAACUGGGUCAAAUCACCGGCCGGGAACGGAGUGAAGCAUCUCGCCGCGUUUAACGCCUUCAACGAGAAGCUGUGCGCGUGGGUCAAGACCAGCAUUCUGAACACGGAGAGCACGGGCAAACGGGCAGACACCAUCGACUUCUGGAUCAAGAUCGCUGAGAAAUGCAAAACUCUGCACAACUAUGCCUCGAUGUAUGCUCUCGUCGACGCGCUGUCGAGCCCCGUCGUCAGCCGCCUCCACCUCACUUGGGCGCAUGUCGGACGUCGCUCACAUCUCGAGCAGCUUGCGAAGUACCACGACCCGACGGGCAGCUUCUCCGCGUACCGCCUCUCGCAGCGCGCAGUGGACGGGCCGUGCAUCCCCUACAUCGGCAUGCACCUCGCAGACAUGCAGGCGGCGAACACGCAGGCCCCCGACAACACCGUCAUCCUCUCCUCGUCCUCGACGUCGAGCAGCCCGCUGUCGCUCAUCAACUUCGCGAAGCGCGAGCGGUGGUACGAGGCGAUCGAGGCGAUCGUGCGGCACCAGCCGCGCACGUAUGCGUUCGCGGAGGACGCGAGCGUCGUCGCGUACGUUGACGCGAACAUCGCGGUCGCGGGGGAGAAGGACCAGGGCUCGUUCUGGAUGAAGAGCCAGGAGCUUCAGCAGGCUGAGCUCCAGCACGCGGACAUCCGCAAGGGUCUCGAGCUAGCAGGCUUCUAG